GUGUCUCUUGGUUUUCAGAGAUCCCCUUGUACUUUGUGGACUUGCAGGAUGACUUAGACGAUUAUGGGUUUGAGGACUACGGCCCAGACUGCGACAGCAUGAGGGUGUCAGCCUUCCUGGACAUCCCUGGCCAGGACCAUCUGCCUCCACUCAAGCGCCUGGAGAAGUAUGCCUUCAGCGACAACAUUUUUAACCGCCAGAUCAUUGCCAGAGGACUACUCGAUGUCUUCCGGGACUUCAGCAGCAACGAAGACGACUUCCUAACGGUAAUGGAGAUUGUGGUCAGAUUAUCAGAAGAUGCAGAGCCCACCGUGCGCACCGAGCUGAUGGAGCAGAUUGCUCCCAUUGCCACGUUCCUGCAGGAGCACAGAGCCGACUUCCUGGCCCUGCUAUCCGAAUACCUGAUCCCUGUCGUCAUGCGGUACCUCACAGAUGCCAACAACCAGGUUAGAAAGUCUAGCCAGGAAGUGCUGCUGCUCCUUCUGGAACAGGAUCUAAUUUUCCAGCACGACAUUGAGAACAAAGUGUGCCCGAUCCUGCUGGACCUCACCACGGCCGACAGCGACGAUGAGUACAAGGCUGAGGCAGUCAACAUCAUCUGCAAGAUGGCCUCCACGCUGAGCAAGAGCGCUGUGGCCCGCCUGCUGCUGCCCCGGUUCUGCGAGCUGUGUGGGGACAGCAAGCUCUUCCAAGUGCGCAAGGUGUGUGCUACGAAUUUUGGUGACAUUUGCCACGCCGUGGGACAAGACGCCACUGAGAAGUUUUUGAUCCCAAAGUUUUUUGAACUCUGCGCGGACAAUGUGUGGGGCAUGCGGAAGGCCUGUGCGGAGUGCUUCAUGGCUGUGUCCUACUCCACGUCCCCCGAGGUGCGCCGAACCCAACUCUCGCCGCUCUUCAUCAGGCUCAUCAGCGACCCCUGCCGGUGGGUACGCCAGGCGGCCUUCCAGUCCCUGGGCCCCUUCAUCUCUACCUUUGCAAAUCCCGCCCGGGCUGGCCUGUAUAUCCGAGAAGAUGGGACCCUGAGCAUCCGACCCCCUGCCCAGGACCUGGACUCCAGCUGCCCCCCGGUGGGCAGCAGUGCCGCCCCUCCCUCUGCCGGUGAUCUGCAGAUGGUCCUGGAAAGCCUGCCUGAGCACAUGAAGCAGGACCCCGACAUCCAAGCUCAAGUUCAGGUCUUAUCAGCUGCCCUGAGAGCUGCACAGCUUGACUCCGCGCACGCGUCCGAGGGCAGAGACGAGGGGCCCGCGUCGCUGUCUGCCACCCCCGUUCUGGACGCGCCGGCCGAGGCCAGGAUGGUACAGAGCACAGAGCCAGAUGAAGAGCUGGAUGGGACCGGCGGCCCUUUGCAGACCAAGCUGAGGCCUGAUGCAAAGCCCUCUGAGGAGAACAGAUCCAAACUGCAGGACAUCAUCCCUCAGCCCCUGCUGGACCAGUAUGUGUCCAUGACCGACCCGGCGCGGGCCCAGACAGUGGACACGGACAUAGCCAAGCACUGUGCCUACAGCCUCCCUGGCGUGGCACUCACCCUGGGCCGGCAGAAUUGGCACUGCCUGAAGGACACUUAUGAGACGCUGGCUUCAGACGUACAGUGGAAGGUGCGCCGGACACUGGCCUUCUCCAUUCACGAGCUGGCAGUGAUCCUUGGUGACCAGCUCACAGCAGCCGACUUGGUGCCUGUCUUCAACGGGUUCCUGAAGGACCUGGACGAAGUGCGCAUCGGGGUCCUUAAGCACCUGUACGACUUCCUAAAGUUGCUUCCUGCAGACAAGAGGAGAGAAUAUCUUUAUCAGCUGCAAGAAUUUGUGGUGACGGACAACAGCAGGAACUGGCGGUUUCGGUACGAGCUGGCAGAACAGCUGAUCCUGGUUCUGGAGCUGUACGAGGCCAGCGAUGUGCACGAUUACCUGAUGCAGGUUGCGCUGAGACUGUGUGCAGACAGAGUCUCUGAAGUGCGGUGGAUCUCCUUCAAGCUAGCCGUGGCUGUUCUGCACAAGUUCUACUCGAGCAGUGAGCGUGGCCUGGGCUUGAAUUUCAUCAACGAACUCAUCGUCAGGUUUCGGCACUGCCCUAAAUGGGUCGGAAGGCAAGCUUUCGCAUUCAUCUGUCAGGCGGUGGUGAGCGCUGAAGGCAUCCCCGUGGACCAGUUUGUGGAGCACCUGCUCCCCAGCCUCCUCAGCCUCGCCUCCGAUCCGGUGCCCAACGUGCGCGUCCUGCUUGCCAAGACCCUGAGGCAGACCCUGCUGGAGAAGGCGUAUUUCAGAAAUGCUGGGAACCCUCAUCUUGAGGUGGUACAGGAGACCGUCUUAGCUCUGCAAUCGGACCGGGACCAGGAUGUUUCCUUCUUCGCCACUCUCCAGCCCAAACGGCGGAAUAUCGUCGACACGUGCACGCUGGAAAACCAGAAUGAACCCCUUUGAGAUCAUCCGAGGUGCUGCACACGGCUUCUUGGAAACGGAAGGGGGACAAAUGAUAGUGUGGGGCAUGCUGCGAGAGAACAAUGUCUUAGAUGGUCCCAACAUGCACUCCAAGCACCCCCUGCCUCCCGCCUGCAGCCCCGGUGCAGGGCCUGCUCAGGUCUGCACCAAGAUGGCAGCUCCGGGUAGCGGGUGCGUGUGUGGGGUCGCUCGCUCCCUGGCUCAUAGGGUGGCUGGCCAGUGUGGCUCUCCCUGGUUACGAAGCCCACGUCCUGCCAAUAAAAGAGCUUCCUCCAAGCUCCCAAGUCCUUCACAGGCUCGCAGCCCUGGCUUCCCGGUGCCUCCCUCCACAACAUGGUUUAUGGUGGCAAAUGUUAUCUGUGACUGUAUCUGAAAUGCUGUACAUAUGUAAAUAGCUUGACAGGAAGAAAAUAUAUGGAUGUAAUGUUAGCCUCUUAUCAGUGAACAGAACAAAUACAUCAUUUAAAUUUA